GAAAGAAAAAGAGUGAGUCGUCGCCGGAGACUGGAGUUUUGCCGGGAAGAAGAAAUGGGAGACGGAAGAGAAGGAGACUGGGAAUGUUUAGGUUGCAGAAACAGGAAUUAUGCGUUUAGAUCAUUCUGCAACAGAUGCAAGCAGCCUCGUCUUUUCAUGGAUAACAAUACUUGGCUUCCUCGUAUCGGCGAUUGGAUCUACACUGGUUGCACUAACAACAAUUAUGCAUCACGAGAAAAGUGCAAAAAAUGUGGGCAACCUAAGGAAGUACCAGCAUUGUCAGCACUUGCAAUCCCUGGAGCUUCUCUUCAAACUCAUCUCCACUACUUCACCCGUGGACCUGAGCCAAUCGAUCAACCUGAUGUGGGUUUCACAAUUAUUCAUCUCUGCAAAAAGUGCAAUGAAACAGCUCCACUAGCCCCCGGAACAAAGAGAUUAGCAUCAGAAGCUUUGGCUCAUGAAUGGGAUAGCAAAAGACUGAAUCAAGGAUAUACUAGCAUGCAACCAAAUUCAGCGAUAUAUGCAUCUUUUCCUGGUAUGAGCCCAGGAAGGAUCUCAAAUUGGCAACUUCCUCUCCCGUUUCUACAGCAACAUUACUUAGAAAGGGAACAAAACAAUGGCGUGAUGGAGACUGGAUGUGCACAAAUUGCAAGAACCACAAUUAUGCAUCUCGAUCAGAGUGCAAUAGAACAUUGUAGUAACACAGACAAAGUUGAUGGAAAGGGUAAAGCUGGUUUGGAAUCAGAAGUAGCGAGUUACAAUGUGGAUGAUAAUUAUGGUGGGAAGACUACUAGGGAUUUGAAAAAGGGCGAAGACUGUGAUAAUCAUUCGGUAGGUAGUUGGAAGGAGACUGAUAUUGUAUUUGGAUCCUUUGCUGAAGCUUCUAGUAGUGUAUUGCCUUCUCGACCAGCUGCUGCUGAAUCAGCAAGUUCUCGGACGUCUUGGGCUGAUAUGGCACAAGAGGAUGAUAAGGAAGAAGAGGAGAGGGAUUCGGGUAGGAAAGUUAAGGGAAAGAUCGUUAACGUGCUGGAUGGACUUGAGUUACACACUGGUGUGUUUAGCGCAGUGGAGCAGAAACGGAUUGUAAAUCAAGUGUAUCAACUUCAAGAUAAGGGACGAAAAGGAGAACUUAGAGAGCAUACAUUUAAUGCUCCACGGAAGUGGAUGAGAGGCAAAGGACGUGUGACUAUACAAUUUGGCUGUUGUUACAACUACGCUAUAGAUAGAGCUGGAAACCCACCUGGUAUCCUUCAACCUGAAGAAGUGGUUUCAUUACCUCCGCUUUUCAAAGAUAUAAUCAGAAGGCUGAUUAAAUGGCAUGUACUGCCUCCAACUUGUGUGCCCGAUAGUUGCAUUGUCAACAUCUAUGAUGAAGGUGACUGCAUACCACCUCAUAUCGAUAACCACAACUUUCUCCGUCCGUUCUGCACCAUCUCUUUCCUCAGUGAAUGUGAUAUCCUUUUUGGCUCAAACCUGAAAAUUGAGGGUCCUGUUCUGGUGUUAAAUGGAAAUGGGGCUGAUGUAGCCAAGCACUGUGUACAUGCAGUUCCCACAAAAAGGAUAUCAAUCACAUUUAGGAAAAUGGAUGAAUCGAACAAAGUACACAGCGGGAACAUCAUGAACAGAAAAAGAGUGAGUCGUCGCCGGAGACUGGAGUUUUGCCGGGAAGAAGAAAUGGGAGACGGAAGAGAAGGAGACUGGGAAUGUUUAGGUUGCAGAAACAGGAAUUAUGCGUUUAGAUCAUUCUGCAACAGAUGCAAGCAGCCUCGUCUUUUCAUGGAUAACAAUACUUGGCUUCCUCGUAUCGGCGAUUGGAUCUGCACUGGUUGCACUAACAACAAUUAUGCAUCACGAGAAAAGUGCAAAAAAUGUGGACAACCUAAGGAAGUAGCAGCAUUGUCAGCACUUGCAAUCCCUGGAGCUUCUCUUCAAACUCAUCUCCACUACUUCACCCGUGGACCUGAGCCAAUCGAUCAACCUGGUUCUUUACUCGCAUUCUCGAACGCUGCAAACCAGGCUUCGGUUCUUAAAGAAUGGAGGAGCGGUGACUGGAUUUGCAGAUGUGGGUUUCACAAUUAUUCAUCUCGUAUACAGUGCAAAAAGUGCAAUGAAACAGCUCCACUAGCCCCCGGAACAAAGAGAUUAGCAUCAGAAGCUUUGGCUCAUGAAUGGGAUAGCAAAAGACUGAAUCAAGGAUAUACUAGCAUGCAACCAAAUUCAGCGAUAUAUGCAUCUUUUCCUGGUAUGAGCCCAGGAAGGAUCUCAAAUUGGCAACUUCCUCUCCCGUUUCUACAGCAACAUUACUUAGAAAGGGAACAAAACAAUGGCGUGAUGGAGACUGGAUGUGCACAAAUUGCAAGAACCACAAUUAUGCAUCUCGAUCAGAGUGCAAUAGAACAUUGUAGUAACACAGACAAAGUUGAUGGAAAGGGUAAAGCAGGUUUGGAAUCAGAAGUAGCGAGUUACAAUGUGGAUGAUAAUUAUGGUGGGAAGACUACUAGGGAUUUGAAAAAGGGCGAAGACUGUGAUAAUCAUUCGGUAGGUAGUUGGAAGGAGACUGAUAUUGUAUUUGGAUCCUUUGCUGAAGCUUCUAGUAGUGUAUUGCCUUCUCGACCAGCUGCUGCUGAAUCAGCAAGUUCUCGGACGUCUUGGGCUGAUAUGGCACAAGAGGAUGAGGAGGAAGAAGAGGAGAGGGAUUCGGGUAGGAAAGGUUUUGAUGCGAGUCUGAUGAAGACUCUCGAGAAGCCAAAGUUGUCUAGAGAGCAGAGAGAGAAUCUCAGGCUCAUGCAUGUGAAGAGAAAGAAAGACUUCAUUUGCUUGGAGAGAGUUAAGGGAAAGAUCGUUAACGUGCUGGAUGGACUUGAGUUACACACUGAUGUGUUUAGCGCAGUGGAGCAGAAACGGAUUGUAAAUCAAGUGUAUCAACUUCAAGAUAAGGGACGAAAAGGAGAACUUAGAGAGCAUACAUUUAAUGCUCCACGGAAGUGGAUGAGAGGCAAAGGACGUGUGACUAUACAAUUUGGCUGUUGUUACAACUACGCUAUAGAUAGAGCUGGAAACCCACCUGGUAUCCUUCAACGUGAAGAAGUGGUUCCAUUACCUCCGCUUUUCAAAGAUAUAAUCAGAAGGCUGAUUAAAUGGCAUGUACUGCCUCCAACUUGUGUGCCCGAUAGUUGCAUUGUCAACAUUUAUGAUGAAGGUGACUACAUACCACCUCAUAUCGAUAACCACGACUUUCUCCGUCCGUUCUGCACCAUCUCUUUCCUCAGUGAAUGUGAUAUCCUUUUUGGCUCAAACAUGAAAAUUGAGGGUCCUGGUGAAUUCUCGGGUUCAUACUCAAUACCGCUUCCUGUCGGAUCAGUUCUGGUGUUAAAUGGAAAUGGGGCUGAUGUAGCCAAGCACUGUGUACCUGCAGUUCCCACAAAAAGGAUAUCAAUCACAUUUAGGAAAAUGGAUGAAUCGAAACGCCCGAUUUGGUUCACUCUAGAGCCUAAUUUGCAAGGAAUCGAGCCGCUGCCAUUGGAGCUAAACCGCUCUGGUUCUGCUGCAAAGUCCUCAGGGUCAAACAACCAUAACGGUACUAAAUGGACGUCGAGAAGGAGGCAGCAAUUAUGACUCGAGAGGUUACUAUAAUCCUGAGAGAAGCAUUGAACAGAAUGACUGUGGAGAUUGGUCAUCAAACCAGAGAAGAGGAAAACCACGUUAAACCCGCGUUAUAUUUCUUGAAAAUUUUAAUGCAAAUUUUGUAUGAUUAAUAAUAUUUACUAAAAAAA